AUGAGCGGAACGUUUGGUGGCAGCGGGGCCUCGGGGGGCCCCCGGGAUGGAGUAAUAAAGGAAGGGUGGCUGAGCAAGCAGAGCAAAUUCCUAAAAGACUGGAGGAGGCGCUGGUUUGUACUGACUCCGCAGUGCCUGUGCAGCUACAAGACAUCGGACACCCAUUCACAGCAACCCACUGAGGUACUCUACUUGCGGGACUGCAGCACUGUCAAGAGCGCCGAUGAAGACGUUAACAGAGAAAACGCCUUCAGGGUCGAUACCCCCAAUAGAGUCUUCUUUCUUUUGGCGGAUUCUCCAAACGAAAAAGAAGCGUGGAUUGGACACAUUGGCAGGCAGAUGGUGAGGCCCUCCGUUUUGACCGAGUACCAUGACUGA